AUGUCGAUGCCUGCAGGAAAGAACCCGGGCGGAUCUGGCUACGGCGGGUCUGGCGGUGGUGGAUCCAGAGAAAAGCCACCCCAGGACCCCUCGAUCCCUCGAUCUGGGCCUUGGCAAGACAAGCCUCGCACCGAGUCGCAGUAUGAACAGGAGCAGCCUCGGCCUGGAUGUUUGAAGGGUAGUUGCGAGAGGAAGCAACACGAACCCUCGGGUGACAACUACACAUACGCAAAGUCGAGGUGA